UCUGACUGCACGAUCAAAAGAUGGAUUCAGUUGAAGGCUAAUAACAGGGCUGGGUUCAGCCCUUUAAUGUGGUUGGUUGAAAGCGCGUCGCGUACGUUCCUGGCGUAGCGUUACGGUCCAAAAACUAUGCGCUUUUCCAUAUUCGGCUUAAUUGGUAUCACUGGCUGGAAAUGGGUUGCUCUCCAGCUAGUAUGACCAUCUACCCCCGAACAGGCUAUGCUAUUUAGUACAUAGUAUCGCAGUGAGAUUACUUGUUGAUUGGGGAUUGGGGAGAGUAAUAACCAAGGUCUUCUCUACCUUAAUGUUGGCUUCUAACUACGUGAUUACGUUAAUAUUGGCAGAACGCUUUUAUCUUGUUAACCUCGAUUUCAAUGAAGUCAGGCCGCAGUGCAGCUCAUGACUUCCUCCUUUCUACUUCUGUAUCAUUAUCAAUUUGGGCUAUUUCUCACCAUGUGUGACUUCUGUCCGGUGUUGAAGCUUUGCAAGCCUAGUCACCUGUGCUAUGAACUUAAUCCAGAUCAAUAGCGAAUAUCUCUCUGUAG